GAAAGACAAGAAAAAUAGAAAUAUGGAGUUAGACCCAAGGAGCGUGACCUCAGAACCAGCCUCUCCGACGAGCAGUGCCAGGGAGGAAAAGAUGGAGGUUAUUUCUGAACUGAGCAGCCCAACUUCACACAGCAGGGACAGUGGGUUCUUUGAAAGAAGUAUUAGAAGGUUAAGCAUCCGGAAACCAAAACAAAGUCAGAACAAAGAGAGUGGGAAGGAAGAUACUGGCACUUGGAAAGGAAAAAGACUUUUGCGAUCAUUCAGGAGCUGUGAGGAGAACAAACCCACGAUCUGUAAUGGUGUGGAGGAGACUGGUGAAAAUGAAGGAGAAGAGCCCAUUCAAGGAAAACCUCUUUCAGUAAUGGAAAUCAAUGAACUUAUUCAGAAAAGACAACUCUUGGAAGCAUUUGCAAGUAUCAAGUUAUUGGAAGAUGAGACUAUUUCUGAACGAGAUGCUGAGAAAUACAAUGAUAACCCUCAGGAGCUUGUAAGGAAAUCCAAGGAUGUGGAUUUGCUUUAUAACUCCAUCACAAACACUAUCCAGUCCAUAGUGGAGGGCACACUGGAAGCUUCCACUGUAGAGGAUACCAUGCUGACCUCCAUGGUGACUUUAAUUGCCCGUGAAGAAGCAGCUCAUCCCAACACAGACAAAGCUGUAAGUCCUGGGUCAGACUUGCUUGGCAGGCCCAGAAAGUGGAGGGAGAUGUGGAGAGAAGCAAUCAACGAGAGUGCUAAAAAAAGAGUCCUGAAGGCACCCAUGGCAUCAAAAGAAGAAGAUAGUUCUUGGCUUGAUCUCCACUUAAGUUUCCUCCAGAAACUCCUGAGGGAAGAUUUACUGAAAAUCAAGUUAUCAGUAAAAAAGUGCUAUCCUGAGGAGUACCAGGUGUGUGACACAUAUGUGGAGGCUUUUCAUAAGGCCAUUGCCUCACAUUUGCAACAUCUCUGCCAGGGACUACUGGAUUUCAGUGAGCUCUACACCUUGCUCAACUGGGUGGCCAACACCUACCACAGUGAGCUCCUUCUGGGCCACCCUGAUCUCAAACCAGAGGUUAAAACAGAAAACCUGUCCCUGCUGUUAACACCAGCUGACUGGGAUAAACUGAAAACCGACUACAUUGCUUCUGCAAAGGAGCAAAUCAAAAGUUGUUUUGGAAACAUCCUGAGACUAGAGGUCACAGAGAAGUGGGAGAAGGAAGUUCAUUCAGAAGUGAAGGAAAACCACUACCACGCCUCGCUCUCCUUUGAUAUUCAAGCGAUCAUUGGGGAGUACAUGAAGUUAUCUGGAACUAUCAGCAGAAGCCUGGAAACAAAAAUGCUUGAGCUGUGCAUGACAGAGCUGCUUGAAUUCAUACCAAGGUUUGAGAAGGAGUUCAUGGCGUGGAGCACUGCCCAGGACAGCCCCGUCUUUGCAGCCUAUGUUGUUGCCUACAUCAACAGCUUCCACGAACUAAUGUCAGGGUUAGAAACAGAGUUUCAAGUCAACACUGAGGAACUGCAGAAGAUUUUGGCAGCUCUGACAAGAAACUUCACAAAUAUUUUUCUAACCAAAUUAAAAAUAAAAGCACAGCCAUUCCUGAAGAAAAUCCUGACAAAGGACUGGAUUUUGGAUACAGGAAGGCCAGAUUCACUGGCAUCAGCAGUCUCACAGUUCUCCAAGCACCUGCAGCACAUGAGGGAGCCCACAGGGAAGGAGCUUCUACGUGAAGUUCACAGAUACGUGGUGAAGGAAUACAUCACACAGGUCAUCAAACACAGAUGGAGAAUGAACAGGGAGACACGGCAAGAAGUGAGCAAAAAGAUGGACCUGGAAGCCGCAAUCUUUCAUAAUAUGCUCAUUGAUCAGGGCUCUGACUCCAACUGGCUCAUUCCCGCCAUACACCACAUUGCCAAGAUCAUUAGGGAGAAGGAGAAGGACAAGAUCAAGGCGUAUGUCAAGAAGCUGUGUCAGAAUUAUCCAGAUAUCAGGAAGGACCACAUCCUGGCCAUCCUCGCUCGCAGGGGGCUGGGGCGUACCAGGAGAGCGGCAAUUUUUCGGCAAGUCUGCCACGUGCUGGAAAGCUCCAGUGGAGGAGAGGGCAACACACUCUUCGCUGAAAUUGAUGUUCCGGUGGUUAUAAGCUGCUUCUAAAACAGAACCAGAACACCAGUCAGCAUCCUCCCGCCUCCUACGCUGCCUCUACACGUGAUCCAGAAUCUGCUAUCCCAUCUUGAUCCUCUGUAAACCCAAAUUUGUGACUGCCAUGGAGAAAGGAGUAGGUUUCUGAACUUGCUACCCUGAGUUCAGAACCCAAAGGGAACAGAGGCACCGAGACACUGAACUUCUGCAAGAGCUCCUGGGAAGCAGCUCCAGCCCAGGAACUGUGUCCACCCAUCUGCGUUCCAUACAGAUUCUAUUGCUGGGAGGCUGCUCUGUUGCUUGGUCCAAAAUUAAAUUUCUUUUCAGAGAAAACCAAAAGCAGUUCACUCAGAGCUAUAUUAAGGCUUGGACUGUGCUUUGCAUAAUUAUACAGCAGCAGAGCAAGAGCCUCCUUUGUAAUUAGUGCCUGUGAGCAAUCGAGGGGCAGAGCUUGGGCAGGGAUGUGGUAGCACCCAAGUCUUAUUUCCUCCACUGUGAACCAGCUGGCCGAGCUGGCAUGAUGCAAGGCGGUGACGCUGUGACCCGAUGCCACAAACCACUACCUGCCUGAGGAGGAAAACUUUGGGUAGUCAAACCCCACAGCUGGGACAUGUAGCACAUGGACCCCUCUGCACUCCAGGAUGGCCCAGGAGGCCUUUCAGGCAUUUCAUCAGAUUUUCCUCACUCAAGGGCUGCCUUCAGGCCAUCAUAGCCUCUCUGUGUGGACAGGCAUGUCUGGAUCAGAUGUGCCACGUGGAGUGAAGCUCCAACUUCUACUUGACCUGAGGAAAAGGGUCACCGUGCCUCUAGUCCAUUGUCUUGCAUGUUUAAACAUAUUUUAACAAAUCUGGUAUAAGCUGACUGCAGUAUGAAACCAAAUGUGAGGUGGACAGACAUAGUGCUACAGAUCUGAUCCUCAUGUGGUGUAAGGCAGCAUCACCCCAUUGAUGGGCAUGGAACACCACUGGUUUAACACCACAAGGGAUCCAAAGCAUCAUGUCCAGCAUCUGCAGGGUAGACUUAAAAAAAAAAUAUCCAGCAGUCUGGAGAUGUACAAAUCUAAUUUUAUUUAAUUCAAUUUAUCCUUAGGUUGCCUUCUGCAGGAAUUAAUCUGAGACUUUGCAGAGGCAUGUUUAUGAUCUAUCAAUUAAUAUGAUAAAUGUGGACAUGGCAUAGCCUUGAACACUAAUUUGUCUGCAGCAGAGCUUACAGCAUCAGCAGUGAACCUUUCAUUUCCUUUGCUUCAAGUUGCACCAGUAUAAAUUUCAGCCUGGGUGAGCAGCAGGCGCUGGUGACACAGCAAGGGAGCUGUUCUGAUGGAUGAGAAAUAAAGAGUGCACCUUUUAUUCACAACCAUCCCAUGAGAAUUUUUCUAAGAUAAACCUGCUGUCUCCACAGUCAAGACGAGGUAUUCUUCUAAAGAUGGCUGGGAAAUAUCAUCUUGAGGGGGGGAAAUACUAGAAGGAAUUUUCUGCCCUGCAUUUUUCUUCAAUACAGCUCAUGAUGAUUCCUGAAAAUCCUCGGUUUGGUGACUCUUUGUAUUUGCUAUGGAGAAGGAGAAGUAAAACAUCAUCUGCAUCUCCCAUUGGAUGUGCAGAGCUCAGAUACACUUUGGAGCUCCCCUUUCCUGUCCUGGGGUCAUGGUGCAAUCAGGGAACAUUGGAUUACACCCCUCAUGGAUCUGUGAGCUACAUCCCCCAUCCCAGCAGGGGGGAAGGACAUCAGUGCUGAGAGAUUAACAUUGAUUGUUAAAAGCAUUGACUAAAUGGCAGAGAUAAAAAAGAUUUCUACUUUUAAAUACUCAGUCUGAGACUUCUAAAACUGCAACUUCAGUGGAGUGCAGGAUCCGAGGCACUGAAGCCUCAGUGACUGUUUUUGUGCAUCAGAAAUUUCCCUCUGUCCCAUAUGCAUCUCUCAUCCAAGCACCUAACACAAGGCAUCCAUGGCACAGACAUUUUCCCAAGUGCAUUAUUUAAAUGUAUACUGGAUUUUCAAUCUUAUUACUUGACUGGCAAACCCUUCACAAGGCAGCUGCCUUUCCUCAGGCUCCAGCCGCCUGGCCCUGGGGUUAGAUAUGGAGCUCGGCUUCCGUUUUCUAAUAAAAGCAAUUUGCUACCCUGGAGUCACGGAGGAAAGCUGGGCACAGUGGCCUGCCUUUUGUCACAGCCUCUCCUGGGACACUCAGAUCCUGCAGCCUGGCAUCCUGUAAGCCGGUGACAGGCACAGAGCCGGCUUCCUCCGGGCUGCUGCUCCCCAGCUGCUUGCUCUUGAGCAAGCCAUUUUAACCCCAUUAUGACAAGACUAUGGUUCAGUCCCUGUCCUGCCCCAACAGCUGUCCAAGUGAAGGGGGAUGCUUGGUCUAGGCUGCAGAGCAGAUCCUGGAGCCAGCUAAACAAGGAGAGAGGAAGGACUGCGUGCUUUCCAAAAUGAGCUGCUGCUGUCCAUCUGUCUUCUGUAAAACAUCCAGUGUUCAUUACGCCAUAUCUCACAUUCCAAAAAGAAAAAGAGAAGGAAGGCCUCCCAGGGCUUUUAAAUGUGAAAUAUGUUGCUCUUGUAGGAAAGUGCCAAGGAGCUCAAUUAUUAUCACCCUAUUAACUCCUCCUCUUGUUGUUUCUCAGCAAAGAAAAACACCAUCAAACCCAUUCCUAACCCAGCACACAGUUACUUUCCCCUCCAGGGCACACAGCUCACUUUUACCCCCAAGGACCCAAGCUACAUCGUGCAGAUGCAUCCUCUGAUAAAUAAAGCUGUCUCAAAAGUAUCCAACUAAAUGGAACAACCAAACUCUCUCCAGAUUCAGCUUCUCAGAGGUGAACACUGCAUUUUUCUGGCGGGGAGGGGUUGUGGAUUUGGCACAGCUGACAGUAUUGUGUGGGUGGUGAAAGAUAUUUUUUUGUGUUUCAGAGGUCUCUGCUGUUUCACAAUACUGCUUGUUUCUGGUUUGUGGCGAAAAGCAAGGGAACAGUGCCUGCAGCCAGGGUGCAUGAGCUGGCAUUUGCCAUCUGAGACCAGCCUUUAGGUAUCAUCAUUUCAUCAAUUUUGCUCUAUGAAGUUGUCCUUUCCUGAAAGGAAGAUAUGGAAAACAGGCUCGCUCAAAGCAAAAAAGGAGGAGUACCAACACAUUGCAAUGAAUGCCCAGGAGGCUGUCCCUGAGCUGAGACUCCUCUAACCAAUCAGUGAAAAUAUUCCUGAAAAAAGUCUUUUGGUGCAGCACCACUGUAAUGUUUAGCUCCCUGUCAUGGUAUCUUUCAGAAAUGAGCUCUCAACUGGGUUAAAAUAUUAAAGAUGAUCAGUGAGAAGCAGAUUGCAAUAUUCCAUCCACUUUAUGAGCUGAGCUAUGUGACCUGACACCACCCAGCACACACAGCUGGGAUGAAAAGAGGUGCCAGAGCAUUAUUAUCUCAGGGAUGGCUAAAAAGUAAUGUUGUAUUAGCUUUGGGCUUAGAGAGUUUGGUGAUUAUAUAUCACACUUCUCCAAAAUACUGAUGUUUAGUGAACAUUUGUCUUCUGUAUUUUGCAUGCUUCUCCAGGAACUCCCCUGGUUGGAUUUACUGCCUCAAAGCCAGUCAUUUUCAUCUUCUUGGUACUGGGCAGAUAGAGUGCUCUGCUCAGUAUCACGGUCCAUUUCCAUCCCUUAAGGACUAUUUUAUGUAAUUCUGCUAAUGAUGACAUGACAUUAGCACUGGGACUGGUCCACCUCUCCUAUAAAACCUGUUGCAAGAGAUCAGUCAGGCUGACAGAGCAUUGAUUUAAACUAUUUACUGCCACUGUUACAAUAAAAAAACAGUAUUGGGAGCAGGUUAAGACUGAUGUACAUUAAUGUGUGGCAUAAGUGGAUUAAGAUAACUUUUACAAAACUACAAGAAUUUUCUCUAGUCCCACAUAGCCACAUAACUAUCUACUGCCUGAGCAUACUGAACACAUCAACUUUGUCUUCCUGCCUUCAUGCCUGUUACACAGAGCACUGCAAAUAGCCUCUAAUACUCUUCCAAUGUAGCACUCUGCAUUUGUAUUUGUAAAUUCAUACCAAGUCAUUCAAAUAUGUUAUCCAGAAAACAAGUAACAUGUAAGGCAGAGAAACCUCUGAAAAAAAGGCUGUUGUAUUAUUUUUGCCAUCUUGAUACUACUUAAGUGAGAGUCUUGAAAUGUCAGUGUAAGGCUUUCUCUGCUAGCUGCACAGAGGUUGUGCCUCUUGUUAAAUGAGUCAGGAAAAGUGAAUGGCAGAUUAAAGAUGAGCACCUAAGUCCCAAGAUGUCUGUCCAGGCAUAGUUUAUGUUUCUCCAGGCAUGAAAUUGUGCUUGACAGCAUGAGUAGCCUGAGCUCCAUA